AUGUCAACAACAGAGAACACAACAACUGCUAUCGUUCAUGAAGCCAUAAGUGAAGAAUACGAGUGGGUUCAGUUUAACAAACAGUUACGUCUCAUUCGUUCGGUCAAAGAUGACAUGUACCAAAUGCAAAGUAUUUUGACAGCAUGUUUUGCACCAGAUACUAAGGUUCCUAAAGACUGGUUUAGGAACCAAAGCACUAUUGAACUAUUAAAUGAAGCACAGCGAGACAGACUUUUUUCUGAAAAUCGUGAAGAACAGCGAGUGGGAGAAAAACCCCAGUCGCCAAAACUCUAUGAAAAUCGUGAAAAAUUGCGAGUGGGAGAAAAACCCCAGUCGCCAAAACUCUAUGAAAAUCGUGAAAAUUUGCCAAAUGGUUUGAGAGGAUAUUAUGUUCAUAGACUUCUCGUAAAUAAUGUGGCACAAUGGGCUUCAGCUCGCUAUUCAUGGUAUGUUUGUAAACUUCUUGACGAACUUCAUAGACAAGAACGUGAAGAGAUGGAAAACAAGCUUGAAGCAAAAGACAAAAGCAUUCAGAAAAGAAUACCACGUUCGGUACCAAAAGGAAAGGAAAAGAACUAUAAGUAUAUGAUUUAUACUGAAGAGAUGGAAAAUGAAGAAGAUAAAGAUAUGGUUAUGUUGCAUUUAGUCAGAAGAAACAACAAAAGCUUUUACGACCUUGCUAAGAUUUACAAAUCUGACAGAAAUUGGUUCUAUCGCGAAAACUUACCGAUUUCAAUGACACCGAAUGAAGAUGUGAAACAAAUAGUUCAAGAUACGUUACCUCAAACACACUAUGAUAUGAAAGGUUGUACAAUUCUUACCUUCAAAGAAGACUUACCGCUACUGAAGGAAAAAAUAACAGAGUAUUUUGACAACUUCAAACAAGCAGAGUAA